AGUCCAGACGCCAUGGGUCUUUUCAAGGAAGUCUACCAUAAAACGGAGCCAUCUGAAAAGGAGUUGUAGGGUCGAUCACAUUGUGUUUUUAUAUAGGCUAAGAUAUCUAACUGUCUAGAUUAUCACCUACUCAUGCUACUAUACCACGAUGCCUUCAAUUCAAAGCUUAACAAUGACUAUCGACGCGCUGAAUGAGCACGAGACGUUUUCGGAAAGAGACACUAUUACUGGAAAAAUAACUCUGGUCUUAAUAAAGGAUACGAAAGUAGAAAGCCUGUUUGUCAAAGUAAAAGGGGACGCUAAUGUGCGAUGGUCGCGAAAGCACGGCGACAAGACGCACACAUACUCCGCAAACAAGAGAUAUUUCAAACUGAAGGACUUUUUAAUUCCGGAGCAAAACAAGGACACUUUACUUCCCCAAGGAAUCCAUGUCUAUAAAUUCAACUUUCACAUACCCCCAGGAAGCUUUCCGUCAUCGUUCCGUGGUCAUCAUGGAAGGAUUGUCUACAUGCUGGAAACAAAGCUGUCCAGGAGUUGGAGGAUGGACCGUACAGUCGAAAAGGAGAUCAAUUUUGUCUCAAAGUCCAUUCCAAACCUUCAGUCGCUGAUGUUGCAGCAUGCUGGUUCAACCAAAAAAGAGAUGGGUCCUUUCUCCAAAGGAAAUGUGCACAUGGAUGCCUCUAUUGACAGAAGGGCUUACACUGCAGGUGAAACUUUGAUGGUUGUUGCAAAAAUCAACAAUUCUUCUUCAAGUGAGAUGACUCCCAAAUUCCGUUUAAUCCAGGAUGUGGUGUACCGUGCCAGCGGAAGUACCAAACAUGAAAGCAACACUAUAUUGAAAAUGCAAGAUAACUCCAUCAAAGCCCAAACACAGAAGGAGGUUAGGUGUGCAAUGAAGCUCCCAACAGAUAUGGUACAGUCCAUCUACAAUUGUGAUAUCAUUUCAGUGGAUUACCAAUUGAAGGUGUACCUGGACAUCAGUUUUGCUUUCGACCCGGAGAUUGUGUUUCCGUUGGUCAUAUGUUCUCCUAGCUUAGCUUCUGCCCUUCAGCCUGGUGUGGCUGCAGGUCCCACUCCAUCAGGGGCCUAUGGGGGUCCAAGCAACAUCAACUCCCCUUCCCAUGCAGUGCCUUUUGGUCCAUAUCCUCGAUCUCCACAAUCAGGUGGUUAUGGAUACCCAGGAGUCCAAAGGUAUUCACCAUCACAUGUGCCUCCGAAUUACCCACCAGUGAAUGCUGCUCCACCAAGUGUCUUCCCCGCUCAACCAGUUCAUAUGAGCUGGGGCUACAACAACACGCCCCCACAGCAGGAUUCUCCAUAUGGAUAUCCAUUUUCAUCUUCAUCAUCUUCGCUUCAUCCUCCACCUACUGCCCCAACAUUUUCCCCAACCCGAAGUGCCCCAGAGCUCCAACCCCCACCCCAGAGUGCCCCAGAGCUCCAACCCCCACCCCAGAGUGCCCCAGAGCUCCAACCCCCACCCCAGAGUGCCCCAGAGCUCCAACCCCCACCCCAGAGUGCCCCAGAGCUCCAACCCCCACCCCAGAGUGCCCCAGAGCUCCAACCUUCCCCUGCUCCACAAUAUAACAUAUCACCACCUGCUCCUGCAUACAACCUGCUGCCCUCUGCGCCAGUGAUGAACACAGACUUCCUGUCUCAGUCUGAUGAUGCUCCUCCAGCAUAUUCACUCCUUUUCCCCUCUUCUACUACCGAACAAUCAGAUGCAAGGUAAUAGAACAUAGCCUGGAUGACUAAAUCUGUAUACUUCUAUGUUUCAGAGCUCACCACUAACUUUUAAAUGGCAUAAGCUCUUGAUUUGAAAGACUGAAAUAUAUCUGGCAUUAUCGCUCACCCUGUGUAUUGAGUAAUUGGUAUAUGACAAAGUUAUACCUCAGAUUCAUCAUGUAACAUUAUAUGGGAUGAAAUAAGCCAUAUUUCAUUUAAUUUCAUAUUUGAUUUAUUUGCUCAUUUCAGUGUAUGAUUUUAAAACAAUAACACACAAUAUGAAAUAUUUUCUCAAGUUAUUUAUAAACUGUCCAUGACCAUCAGGAGCAGGAGGAAGAAAACAUAUAAUACCUGCCCCUUUCUUAAUAACACAAGUUAAUGUUGAAACAAAAUCAGAUGACUAACCUGUUGUUUUUGUUUUAUUUCACAAAUCAAGAAAUAAUUCAACAAUACCUACAGAAACAAUCAAAUGCAAUAUAUAAAAGUAACCAAAAUGUUUGCAAUGUUUUUUUAAUUUAAACCUGUUCAUAGACAUUUUCACGUAUUCAUAACACAACCACUAUGGCAACAAGUACUAAAAUUAUGUGUAUUUAUGGGUGCUCUUUUUGUUGUCCUUAUGCUUGUAUGUUUAAAAGUGGUCACAUUGCUAGUUAUGCAAACAGUACCAUUGUGUCCACUAAACUAGUGUUAUUAAAGCAGACAUUGUGUGCUAUAUUUAAAGUAAGCAUGCCAACAAUUCUAUACAAACAUAGACAUAUUACAUGUGACAGUGGUUUUUCUGGUUAGUUCAGGUUCCUGUUAGCUUAAGAUAACUAAUGCUUCAAUUACUCAGACCUCUGUGGGAUAAAGGUUGUGUAAUUUUUGUGCCUUGUUCAACUCAAGUGUCCUAAUGUUUUUUACAGGGUAUAUAUAAUCUUUAUUAUAUAGGCUACCCACUCUUUCUACCUCACUUUUCUGUUUGCAGUUUGGCUGAAAGAAUCAGAACAGGAAGCCUACCUUAUCGCAAAAAAUGUAUUGAACUUUUUAAUAUUACAUUUCUAGAAGGCCUAUAGAUGCAUGUGUUCUAUAAUUUCAAGUGUUUUUAUUUUGUGAGACAUAUCACAAUACACUAUUCAAACAUGAUCUGUUUAACUCCAAAAUUGCCAUUGUUUUCUCUGAGUUGUUGAUCAAAAUAAAGACCUGCCAUCUUG